CUCGCUUUCAUUCUCUUUGCGCCCCUCUGGUAACCAGUCGCCGGCCCCUGCGCCCACCCCCGACACUUGCCCCCCGCCUCUGGCUUCGAAAGAACUCUGGCUGAACUUCUCCCAGCCACCACUGCUUCUCGGCGCUUUAGAAACUUUAUCGCAAAGAACUUUCUCUUUUGACCUGGGGCGCGAAAUGCUCCUGGCAACCGAGAGGUCGGGCUCCCGCUCCUCCACUGGCGUCGGAGCACAGCUCCUCUCCGCCCUUGCGUUUACUUACCCCCUGGGAGCGGUCGACGGCUGGUGGGUGCUCAGGGUGUCCGAGCCUAUCGGGCUCGCCGACCGGCUCCAUUCCUUGCUCUGUGCGCGGGCACUGCCACUCGCGAGCCCAGCCUUCCCGAGAGGCGCGGAGGCCGGUGCUCGCGGAAGGGCUGCCCCAGGGGCGGAACGGAAUGAAUGGGGAAGGAGCGGGCGAGCCGGGGUCGCGCGCGCGGCCGCUGGGGGUCGCCCUGCCCGCCCCGGAGCGCCGGGAGGCAGGACAGCGCCGGUAGCCCGGAGCGAAAGUUAGUUGGCAAAAUGAUGCUUCAACACCCAGGCCAGGUCUCUGCCUCGGAAGUCAGUGCCUCUGCCAUCGUCCCCUGCCUGUCCCCUCCUGGGUCACUGGUGUUUGAGGAUUUUGCUAACCUGACACCCUUUGUCAAGGAAGAGCUGAGGUUCGCCAUCCAGAGCAAGCACCUCUGCCACCGGAUGUCCUCGGCGCUGGAGUCAGUCACUGUCAGCAGCAGACCCCUCGAGAUGUCAGUCACCAAAGCCGAGGUAGCCCCUGAAGAAGAUGAAAGGAAAAAGAGGCGACGGGAAAGAAAUAAGAUUGCAGCUGCCAAGUGCCGAAACAAGAAGAAGGAGAAGACAGAGUGCCUGCAGAAGGAGUCAGAGAAGCUGGAGAGUGUGAAUGCCGAACUGAAGGCCCAAAUUGAGGAGCUCAAGAAUGAGAAGCAGCAUUUGAUAUACAUGCUCAACCUGCACCGGCCCACAUGCAUUGUCCGGGCUCAGAACGGGAGGACUCCAGAAGAUGAGAGAAACCUUUUUAUCCAACAGAUAAAAGAGGGAACAUUGCAGAGCUAAGCAGACGUGGUAUGGGGCAACUGCGGAGUCCUCAUCGAAUCCUCCUUUUACAUCCGAAACCCUGAAGCCAUUGGAGAUCUGACUUCCUGUGCACCUCUUGAAUCCCAGCAGCAAAGAACCAUCAAGGUGGGAGGGCCCUCGGUGACUUUCCACUCUACCCCAGAGUGGACUUUGGACCAGGGCAACAAGGGCAUCUUUUUCCUCAACUCCAGAAUUUAGGCCUUAACAUCUUGGCCUUCCUUGGAUUCUCCAGAUGGCCCCUGGUUAGGGUCCUGCCUGCCUUUCUUCUGGAUGCUGCAAAAACCAGGCCUCCCACCAUUAGGAUUCAUGCAGAAGCAUCAUCUGUACCUUGGGUGGGUGGGGUGGGGCCACCUCCUCUGCUGCCGCUGCCACUGUCACUUGUAGGGGACGUGGAGUGAGAAUGGCAUUUUGUGAAGCUGUGCGAUGGCUAGGGUUGUGCUUUCUAGCAAAUAUGCUGUUCCGCACAGGAAUUACCGCGUGCAAGGCGUUCGUUUCAAAACUAGGCGUUGUGCUCUUCUGACGUGUGCGCCACACGCCACCACUGUGACUUUCUCAUGACUUUCCUCGGAUCUGGUUUCUGAGAAUUUGCGGGGGCGGGGGGGUGGUGGUGUGUCUAUCAUAUCAGCACAUGCAGUGUCUUGCAAAGUAUUCAGGUGGCCAGAAGAGGUUGUCAGCCCCGGGAGAACAGAAUUGUGCCAGCCUGGACUGACUGCAGUUUUGUGCCAACAGAAAAGGCCUCUUCCCCUUGGCACCCAAGCAUUAACGCACGUCCUCUGUUGCAAACUCAGUUAUAAUGUCACAGGAAGAAAGCAGAAACAGAGUCCAGCUUCCGAAGGGUUAGGAUUCUCUGCUCAGUGACUUAGGUCAGGAAUUUUUUCUAGGCCGGAAGAGCCAAAGAAUAUUCCAUUUUCCUUUUCUUGUGGUUGAAAACCACAAUCAGUGGAGAUGCAUUUGAAGCCAGGUGAUGCCUAGGCUUUAGCAUUAUUAGACGUUAAUGGCAUUGUUUCUGUCAUGCAGAUGUUUGUAGAAAUUGGGCCCAGAGCAUUUAUAGCUGUGAGACAGUCACUCACGCUGGCCACGAGGACUCUGGCUACUGUCUGUUUAAAUUCUGAUGUUUCUGUGAAAUCCUCAGAGUGUUUAAUCCUACUCAGUAGUAUCAUUACAAUUUUCUGUAAAAGAAGAUAUUACUUAUUUAUCCUAGUAUUCCUAACCUGUCAAUAGAAUAAAUAUUGGAACCAAGACAUGGUGAACUUAAGUGUUGUGCUGGUUUGUGUUCUUUUAAAUUGGUUGUUUGUUGAGAUCUAACCAUUCCCCUCCCCUCUUCUUUGGAGAUGGUGGUGUAGGGGGUGGUCUCGGCUUUAAAUAUUCUGCAGGUGUUGUUCUUUGUUCUCUGGGGUGCCACUAGGUGAGAUUUUUGACUUUCAAUCCUGUUCCUCAGUCUGUGGUUUCUGAUGCUCAAUUUCUCAUUGACAAACCCUAGGACACAACAGCAAGCAUACCCUUUAGAUUGUUUGGUAUUAAGAUAGAAUUUUGGGGGCUUCCCUGGUGGCGCAGUGGUUAAGAAUCCGCC